AUGGGACUGAGGAGCUCAGCAGGACUCGUGCUGCUCUUGCUCUCUCAGUGCACUGUGUCCCUGGGCUCCAAAGAGGCAGUGGUCCUGGCUAAUGCCCACCUCCUCCCCCAGAGAGAUUAUGAGAGACUGGGAAAUGCCCAUCAGAAAGACUACCCUAGGGAUUGUUUUGAGAUUUUAAAGCACUCCAAAGGAAAUUCCAGAGAUGGCCUUUACAUCAUCCAACCAAAAGAAGAACCAAUUGUUGUCUUUUGUAAUAUGCAGGAUGGUGGCUGGACAGUAAUCCAGCAUAUUACAGCCAACAGCACUGUCGACUUUGACAGGACUUGGCAGGACUACAAAUAUGGAUUUGGCUCUGUUGAUGAGAACCACUGGUUAGGAAAUGAAUACAUGCACCAGUUAACUGGCAGCUCAGUGCAAUAUAUACUUGGAGUUAAACUUGUGAAUCUAAAUGCUGAAGUCAAAUGGGGACAGUAUGAGCCAUUCCUGAUUGAGGGGGAGGAGUCUCAGUAUCGAAUCAGGGUUGGUCUUUACAAAGGCAACGCCACUGAUGCUCUGACCCUGGACACAGAAGCUUAUCUCCAUGACAACCAGAAGUUCACCACCAAGGACAGAGACAAUGACAAUUACUUUAUGAAUUGUGCCAAGCUGGAGCUCAAUGGCAUUCCUGGGGGAGGCUGGUGGUACGAUGCCUGUGCUGGGGCAAACCUGAACCGCAGGAAUGUGAUAUACUGGCAAAGAGACUGCAGCAAGCAACAGCCCUGCAAGUUUGCAUGGAUGAUGGUCAAACCCAUCGAGCACCACCAGUCAUACCCUACCAAGGCCUGCCCCUGUCAGAAAGUUGAACUAUAG